AUGAUCCCAGACAAACAGAUUCCAACUACGGGAUUUGUGGUUGAGAAGCCGGGUGCACCAUUGACCCUCCAGAAUAUCAUUCUGGAUGAAGUCCGGGCGAACGAAGUCCUGAUCGAGAUGAAGUAUACGGGCCUGUGCCACACAGAUAUCGUUGUCCAACAAGGAGACAUUCCCGUUGGCGACUAUCCCGCUGUUUUGGGCCAUGAGGGUGCUGGUAUUGUGCGCCGCGUUGGCAGUGGUGUCAAAAACAAGUCUCUCCGUGCUGCUGACUCGCCCAUUUCUUUCCCCGGAGGAAAAGGCCCACCAAUUCGGGGCCAAUUUUUUGGCCAGUUCUCCAUGAGCAGACUCGCUAUUGUGAGCGAGCAUUCUGUCAUCAAGUGCUCACCUGGAUCGGAGAUUACUGUUGCUGAUAUGGCAGUCCUGGCUCCACUUGGGUGCGGGUAUCUCACUGGUGCUGGUACCGUCCUAAAUGUCCUCAAACCCAAGCCAAAGAGCACCUUCGUUGUUCUUGGUAUGGGCGCUGUCGGGAUGGCCGCGAUGUUAGCCGCAAGGUCUCAAGGGGUUGAAACAAUUAUCGCAGUUGAUAUGUUGGAUGUGAAGCUGGAACUCGCCAAGUCCCUGGGUGCAUCACAUGCAUUGAGCACGAAGAUUAUCACCGAUCUUGCACAAGGGCUGCUCGAUAUCUUCCCUGGAGGCGUUGAUUACGUUCUCGACACGACAGGCGUAGACUUUCUGUUUGAGUCUGCGGUUAAAGCCUUAGGCCACGAGGGUAUCCUGGCUAUUGUGGGUGUUGCCCGCGCGGGGUCACUUCUCAAAAUUGAUCCCCUUGCUCUCAUGAUGGGCUGCAAACAGAUCGUGGGUGUAAUUGAAGGCGGUGCAAAUCCUGCUUCGCUUUUGCCAGUGUUGGUUGACCUCUAUAAGCAUGGAAAAUUCCCUGUCGACAAGCUUGCCAAGGUUUAUGCGCCGGAUUCGCUUGACCAAGCUAUAGAGGAUUUGCGCUCUGGCAGACUACGUACAAUACCCUCAGAAUUUCCGGAAAGCUAUGCUGAUAUAUCUGUGGAGCAGGUUAUUAAGCCCGUUAUUAAAUGGGAGGAUGUGUAG